GGGGAGACCGAUGAGAAAUAUCCCCUCUACGAUAAAGCCUUCGUGGGAGCAGGAGGUAGUGGCCGGGGGCUUUACAUUUUCGUACUUAGAGAUUUUUUUGUUAUGUUUGUUGUCAUGUGUUUGACCCCUCGGUUCUAACCUUUCAACUUGUUGCUGUCGUUCUUUGCAGGUAGCAGGAUGAAUGCCAACGCCUUGUUCGCGAAGAGGAAGGGCAAGACCCAGCAAAAGGAGAAGGGGCCCUCGGGCCAGAAGCCACUUGACGCGCUUUUCCCGAAGGCCAUAGAGCCUUCCGCCGGGGACGCCCAUGCUGCUGUGGGGACCGGGGGGUCGAAGGCCGAGGCGGCCGCUAAGAAGAAGAGGAGCGACAAGGGGGUGGAGCCCCCCACCAAGAAGCAGAAAGGCGCCGUGGGUGCUGUCGGGGAGGCGGCCCCCCUCAUAGUUAUUGACGACAUGCCCGCUGUUGAUGGGCCUCUGGCCUCGGUCCCCCCGAAGGAUCCGGUGAAUCCCCCCGGGCGGAAUCACCCCGGGAGAUCCGUCAGCUCUCCUUUGCCCCCGGCGCCUCGUUGAUGCACGGCACUGCCGAGCCGAAGGCCUUCCUGCGGGGCAUCACCUCGAAGAUGGAUAGGGAAGUCUUCGAGACCUACGAUGACGAUGCCCUCGAGAACAGGAUCCUCCGGUCCUCGCUCACUGCCUGCAUAGCCCUCGGGGAACAGGCCCGGAGGCGCGAGGAAAGGCGUCUUCACGAGGCCGCCCAGGAUAAGAAGGUGGAGGGGCUGAUCCGCAAGAACUCUGAGGCGGUGAAGCAUGCUGCCCAGCUGGAGGAGGCCCUUCGGGAGGCGAAGGUGGCGGCGGAGAAGGCCAAGGCUGAUGGCAUAGCCGAAGGCAAGGCAGAGGCCGAGAGGGCUGCUGCCGAGGCGGCGAAGAAAGCCGCCGAUGAAGCCCAAACUGCUAAGGAGAGAGCUGCGGCCGAGGCCCGAGGGGAGGCAGUCGCGGAGUUCCUUGCUGAGGGCUGGAGGGCCGAGGGCCACAAGGAGUGGGUUGCUUCCGUGGUGGCAGCCUCGGUGGACGCUUGGGUAGAAGGCCCCGGGGUUGACUGGCUGACCGAUAGGGGCGACGCCUACUAUCAAGGGGGUGAGUUCUUUACCCAGCACCUGAUAUACCGGAGGCUCGCCAGGCACUUCGGCGUAUCCCUCGAACAAUUUGACCCCUCGGUAUAUGGCCUCCCUCCGUUGCAACCAGAUGUCAGAGUUCCCCUCCCCCCGGGUGAAGACCGGCCAACAAUCUAUGAUUCUGUGAUGAUGGGGGGUGACGGGGUUGGAGCCGUCGGGGGUGAUGCUGCC